AUGUUACAAGAGGGUAAUCUCAGUUUUUCAGUUUAUAGCCUUUCUGCUUCAUACACAAAUGGUCGCAUCAUCAUUGUUGCAAGUUUUCAACUUCCAUCCAAUAAGACUGUGGUGAACCAUGCAUGGCAAGAGGGUGUGGUUUCCGAUGAUGGCACCCUUAGACCUCACUCUUUCUCACCCUCUAACCUUCAAUCCUAUGGAACCAUUGAUUUCAUAUCUAGCAAGGUUUCUAAAGCCACUAAAGAUGUGAACUCACGAAACAUGUUGAGAAACGUUCAUGGAAUUUUGAAUACUGUGAGUUGGGGAAUAAUGAUGCCAAUUGGAGUGAUUUUGGGUCGUUACUUGAAGGUGUUUGAUGGUUUGGGAGGAACUUGGUUUCACUUGCAUCGAGCAUGUCAAUCAUUGGCCUUUUUGAUCGCCAUUGCUGGGUUUGCGAGUGGUCUGUAUAUUGGAAAUCACUAUGGAGUUCAUCAUGUUCCUCAUCGAUGCAUUGGAAUCACUCUAAUGUGUCUUGCAUCUGCACAAGUUUGUGUUGCUGUGUUUUUAAGGCCUAAAAAAAAUCAUAAGUACAGAUUAUUUUGGAACAUUUUUCAUUACAUAGUUGGUUACACAACUAUUGCUUUGUCUAUAUGGAAUGUGUUAAAAGGUUUUGACAUUUUGGAUGCUCACAAUAGAUGGAAGAAGUAUUAUUUAGGCAUAAUCAUAUCAUUGGCCGUCAUUGCUGUCAUUUUGGAGGUGAUAACAUGGAUUUGGGUUUCCCACAAGAAAAGGACUAAAAACUCUCAAAUCCACGCUACGAUUGGUCAACAACAACCAUAA